AUGGAACAAUAAAAUAAUGAUGGCUAAAAUAGUUCUCCUAUAGGUAGCAGUAUCUAGUUAAAGGAAAAGCCUUCUUAAUUUUAUAAAAGCAAAUUCAACUUAGAAUAAAAUAGCAAUUCUAAUUUACAAAUUAAUAAUUUAUAAAAUGAUCAAAGUGGAUAAACAAAGGUUGAUAAUCACUAAAAUAAAAUGACUCAUUUGUAAAUAUAAAAAUCAGAUAAGAUAAACAUAUAAAUUCCUUUAUCAGCAAUGAGUUAAUCUGCAAUUCCACAUAAAGAAGAAGAGCUUGAUAUUAAGGUUUUGCAGUGGAUAUAUUUCAUGUUUUGCUUUAUUUCAAUUCAAAACAACUUUAAUACAGGAGUUAUUCCUGCUUCAUUGAUCCAAAUAGAAUCAGAGCUGCAUUUAACGUUUAGCUAAUAAGCAACUCUUGGAUCAUUAGAAUAUUUAGGUAUAAGCAUAGCUACUUUUAUGGUGCCCGUUUCAUUAAAUAAGUAUAAUAUUAAUAAGAUUAUAUCUGUAACUGUUUUCUUUAAUGGAUUGUUUAGCCUCAUAAUUUCUAUUACUUCUAGUAUCAUACUUAUAUAUGUGUGUAGAUUUGGAUAGGGUUUCUGUGCAGCCUUUGGAUGCAUAUAUGCUCCUAUUUGGAUCAAUAAUUUCAGUCCUGAAGACAAAACAGCUACUUGGAUGGGUUUGAUGCAAGCUUAAGGCCCUUUGGGGGUAAUGGUUGGGUAUGCAAUAGCAGGUUUGCUAAUUACACUGACUGGAUAUGAAAAGAGUUGGAGAGUUGGAUUCGCCAUAUUAUUUGUUUUAACAACAAUUACAGCAAUUUUCUUUGCAUUUUAAGACAAUAAAUAUGUUGAUAUUUUAUAUGAAGAAAAGCGAUUAUAAGAAAAAGGAAAUCCAGCUGGAAGUGCAUCAGUUACAAAUAGAAGGCGAAUUAGAAGUUCUAUUAUUGAUAACGAGUUUGAUUCAGUUUCAGUUGUAAGUAAUUCGUCUUCAUAUGCUUAAGGGUGUUUAGAAAUAUUUAAAUAGUUCGGACCAAUUAUUCAACAUCACAUAUUUAUUUAUGUUUGCUGUGGGCUCUGUGUGUUAUUCUACAUAGUUACAGGAAUUCAGUAUUGGGCAACAGAAUAUUUCAUUAAAUUCACAAAAAUAUAAGAUAGUAUUGCUAUGGCAACUUUUUGUUUUAUAGCAAUAACUGCUCCUGUAACUGGUGCUCUCUUAGGUGGUAAAAUCUCAGAUUCACUGGGUGGUUAUAAAGGCAAAAACAGGAUAACAGCAUUGAAAUUUUGUGUUUCAGUUGGAUUAGCAGCCUUCAUAUUUUCUAUACCUAUAGGUUAUGUAACUGAGUUUUGGCAAGUAGCCUCUCUUGUUUGGUUUUUGCUUGCAUUUGGUGGUGCUCUUAUUCCAAAUGGAACAGGAAUAUGUUUAAGUUGUUUACCUAAGCAAUAUCACUCAACUUGUAGUUCUUUAUCUUAACUUAUAUAUAAUGUAGGAGGAUACUUUAUGUGUCCUUUAAUUUCAGGUACAAUUAUGGAUUUAUUUGAUGAUAAGCUAGAAGGUCUUAUAUGGGGUUGGAGGAGUGUACUUAUUAUGGGUAUAUUUGGUCCUAUAUUGUUUGGAAAAGCUCUUUAUAAUGAGGCCAGAGCUAUGGCGGAAGAAGAUAAUAAAGCUUAAAAUGAUAAAUAACAAAAAGCAUUAGGCUAAGUACAGGGCGAAAAAAGGACUAAGGCAUGGAGUGUCUUGUGA